GCGAUUUACUCUCAGCGAUGACAUCGCUCUAGUAAAGGAGGUAGUACAUGUAAACCCUUUCCUUGACCCUGCGAGGUGGCUGCAGAUAGCCGAUCGGCUCUCCGAGGUGCUCGGCAGAUGCUUCAGCAUUCGCAGUGUCAGGGAAAGGCUUAACUUAAUCCUCCUGCGUUUUCUGCGAGAUCAGAAGAAGAAAAUUAAGAGCUCCGGUACAGAAGAGGAGCAGUCCGAACUGGAGGACCUCCUGCAGCAAGCGGCUGACAGCGCGCGAGUGCGGCUACACGCCACCACCGUCAACCGCACGACAGCUCGCUGAACGCGACGACAUCAAAAAAAGAGCCACAAGAAACUCGGUCGCCCGACCGCCAGCGAAACGUCGCGUCGACAACAGGGAAGAAGAUGCCCUGGCGGCCUACGCGGAGUUAACAGCGGGGGACGGUGUUGAGCCUGAUGGUGCAAGCACGUCACAGGCUCGCUCAGACACUUCUUACUUCAAUGUAUGAGCCGGAGAACAUAGAGAUUCACAUGGAUCUGCCUGACUGUGAACUCGAAGACAACCGGACGGCCUCAUGCCCAGCACCUGACCGCAUCACAACUGCUGCACCCAGUCGAGCUCAAACUCCAACAUCUAGUCCUUCAGAUGUUGCUGCUGCAGGCAAUGCAACUGUGCAUGGGAGCCCCCCUGAUUCCCACACUGGUGAAACCAGAUGGGUGGCCAACACUCGUGUGCCUCUGCAAGGUCCACAGCGGUACGCUGAGGCAACAUAUGCCCUCAUUGAGGCCCGCUUUGAUCGGGACACUGCAAUCGAGAACCGCCACCUCCAACUUGAAGAGGACCGGCUCCGGUUCGAGAUAAAGCACCAUGAGGAGAAAAUGAAGCUGAAAGAAAUGGAGCUUCAACAGAGGCAGGUGGAGCAGGAGGCAAAAUUCAAGCUAAAGGAGCUUGAGCUAGAGGCGCUAGCUGAGGAGCGCAGGCACAACAGGAGCUAUCAAGAAGCGCAGCUUGAAAUCAUAAAGUCAUUCAUAAAUAAGUAGAUGUAUCCGUUUAAACCUCCAUGUAACCAAGUCCGCCAUAACUAAGUACUUAUUCGGGGCCAUGACAAGGUCACCCUCCGUACUGCUAUUCUCAGCUAAAUAUUGUAGAGCGUCUAUUGUGCCUGUAAAUGUAUGAA